AUGCCUGCAGAAGGAGGGAAAACAGAUAUGGAGAGGAUUGGCCUCUUCAGUGAAAUGGAAUAUAUUACUGUGGAUGAUAAAUAUUUGCCACCAUAUAAUCGACCCUUUAAUGAGGCUGCAAGCAAAAAUAGGCAGAUGCUACCUGGGGGAACCAAAGUGAUGUCAAGUCUGCAGGCAGGUUAUUUUGACCCCCAGUUUGUAAGGAUUUUUGAAGGUGAAGGCUACAUAAAUCUGAAUCAAGUGAGGAGACGGUUUAUGAUGGAAGAAGCCAAAAAAAAUCUAAGCAAAGCCUUCGUCCCUAGUAGUGGAGAGAAAAAGUCGAGUGGAUUAGGAAGCUACUAUGGAACAAUAGGCGGCCCAGUACCAUUCUUCAGUGUACAGGUGAAACCCAAGGACAAAUAUGAGCCACCUGGAAAGAAUUUGUACACAAACCCAGGAAAGAAAGGAACUGGAUAUGGCUAUGCAAAUAUUACCAUAGGCAAACAGUUAUCACACUCUGCUGAUUUCUACGAUGCACCAAAACUAAAUUAUAAGAAAAACAAUGAAGAACACCAUCGUUUACAGAAAGGGUCUCCAUUCAAGUUAAAUCUUUACCCAAGAGAGUAUUUUGACACUAAUCCUUAUUUUCUGGAGAAACCUUUACCUCCAAUUAAAAGAGAGGAGAAGAAAGAAUCACUUUUGAGCCCUUUUAAACCCUCUUCUCCUGGAAAAAAGUCAGUCUGUCCAAGGGGGCUAAGCCUGCUCUGGCCAGGCUUGUCUGUGAGGCUAACCGCAGUAACCGAGCGAAGCUACCUGGUCCGCGUCUUCCCAGCCGUAAUGGGCGCGGCCACUGGUGGCCCGGGGGCCUCCGUCGGUUCUCUGUUUAACGUGAAGUGGAGAUUCCUGCGCCGCUGGAGAU